AAAUGACAUAAAGCCCGUAAUACCAAGGCGGUCUGAAUAAUCUCUAAGGCUUCCCGUUGCCCUAAUAUCUCUUCAUAUAUAAUAAACAUCACGAACGAGAUAUCUUCUCAUCACCGCUUCUUCCUCCUCCUUCAAACAAUAGUUUAUUAGUCUUUGUUAGCUCUCUUUAUAGUAAAUUUGAUAUCUUUGUUACUGACGCGAUUUCCUCUCCAAGGAAUCAUUUACUCAAACGGAGCAAUCUCUUAAAACCGUGAUUGCAUAAUCCAAGAGUAAACGUCAUAAAGGAAAAACUGUAACCCGAAGACGUUGUAGAGCCUCACGGCUUCUCCGUCCAAGGUUACUGGCUCUCAUAUUCCAUUGCUCUGCGGAGCGGCGUCGCUGCUUUUACCGUUUGGGCCGGCCAUGAGUUCUAUAUUUCAUUUAAAUUAUUCUAAUUAGUGUUUAGAGCCGAUGAGGAGAUCAGAUUAUAAAAAGAACACCAUCUUUCGGGACUGAUUAUUUAUUGAUGUUACUUCUGCUAUUCUGAGGCUUUAGUGUUUGUUAUUACCAUUAGUGUUUAUAGUUUUGUAAUAAGGCAGUGACGAUUGAGAAUGUCAUGCACCACUCUGAUUCGUGCUGAUAACCAUCUCUACCCAUAUAUUUUCUGAGCCUUUUUCUUUUUAUUUUUUUUUAUAGAUUUGAUAUUUGUUAUAGAGAUAACCAAAUGAUGGUCAUUAUUAAAUGAUAUAACCUUGAUGCGGUCUGUAUUGCUUGUGAUGUUAUCUUUUGGUUCCUGAUGGUUAUUAGUGUUUUUUUUAUGUUUUGAUUGAAUUUGCCCGAUGAAGAAGAAUGCCCAAAAGAUAGGAAGUGCCGUAUGACAAUUAAACGUAGAUUCGGACUGAACCGGAGAAUGCAUCCUGUUUUGAUUUCUCUGUUCACGUUCCAUCUUCUUGAACGAAUCUGUUUUUUCGGAACGGUUUUGAAGUUGUUCGGUGCGGGUUGUCUUGACCGUACUUUCUUUUAGUUUCUCUGUCCGUUUCUCUAUGGUUGAUUUUAAACGGGUUUCUGAGGGUUUUUGAUUAUUUGAUUUUUAUGUAUAUUUGUUCGAUGCCACGUCUGCGAUAGCUUUUGGCUUUGAUCGUCGAUGCUACAUUGGACAUAAACAGAUGUUUGUGUUUCGCUUUUCUGAUAGGAACCUGUGGAUCUUGUGAUCUUUGGGGCCAAUAUGGCGAUUACAUUUUAUUAUGAAUGUUAAUGUUUAUUCAUGUUUUUGGGGAGUAAUUGAUGAUGAUUAUUGCUAAAAUAUGGAAUUACCGUCCGAGUUUAAUUACUUUGAUGUGAAAAACGCUGGCUUUACUGAGAUUACUUCCCUAUAUAUAUGUAGAUAUUUCUUUGUUUUGUAAUUUGUUUACAUUAUGGACAGUGACGAUUGAUAUUAAGGUCUCGUUCGUCGUAACAUAAGCUGUAGAAAGCCUAUUUGCCGACCAUUCUGUUAUAUCACCACCCAUAUUCUGAGUCCUAUGUUUUUUGUAUUCAUUAUGUUUUCGAUUCGCCGAUGAUUAAAUUUGAUAUAGACAAGCAUAUGUCUAAAUAAUCUGUGUUGAUAAAUUUAUCUUCAUGAGGCUGAUCUCGUACAUCUUCGGAUUUUUUUUUGUCAUCUAUCUUAUUAAAAGUGUUUUGUUAAUGAGGAUUUAAUGAUUUGUUUAUCAUAAAGAUUAAAGGGCCGCUGACCCGUUAAGUCCCUAGUUUGAGGCUGGGGUUGGAGACAUUCGUCGUGCUUCAAUGAUCAACGCAUAUUUGUUUGCAGUUUUUUUUCUUCAGUUUUAUAUACAUGUGUUCUCAAGUGGCUCACUGUCGGUUGAUCUUUUGCUGACUUGCACAAAUUAUUAUCAGUGAGAAAUAAAAUGACAAUCAUCAACUACUGGGUGGUUUUAAUUGACCAGUAUUUUCAAAAUAUAGUAGAAUUUGGAUUACAUGCUUCCAGCAUGUGUAUCCUAAGAACCAUUUGUUUACCGGCGGCUUAGUUCCUCAAUCGUUCUUUCAAAUUAGUAUUGCAUCUUCAAUUAACCUUGUGUGAUUAGUUUCUCCAAAAGGAAGAUAAUGUUGUAUGUGUUAAUUAUGAUGGACAGUAUAAAAAGAAUGUUAAAGAAGAUAUUGAUGAUGUUGUAUCCUCUUCACUUGGCUCGAUCUAUGUAGAGUCAUGGUAGAGCAACUGUGCUCUACAAAUUGGCAAAAUCCUAAUCCUCGUUAAGCAGCUUUACCAAACAUUUCUCAAAAUUCUCAUGAUGAAUUUUACCAUGUGAGACCUGCCAAUAUAUUCACUCUUACAGUUCUAGAUUCCGUUGUUCUUUCUCACUGAAACUUAAGUUUCUAGAAUUAGACUUGUUAUCAUAACAAUACCGUUCGUGUGAAAGGUCCUUCGUCCAGAGAUUCUGUUAGACCUAAACACUGCUUUACGCUGUUUCCUGGUUACAAUGCUCCCCUGAUGUCCCCACCCGAAAGUUCUUGAAAUGUUUCUAGCCUUCAGCCAUAUGACUAGAGACAGCAGGCAUCAGCUAAAAGAGAAAUUAAAGGCGGUUUUAAGUGGAAAGAGUACCAAGUGCAAUUAGCUCAACUGGACAUCCUAGAAUUUGUGUUUAAUGUGUGUAAUGCAUAUACAAGGAAAAUAAAUUAAGUUAUAUUUUGUUAUUAUUAUUUUGCUUUAGUUUUGUUUCGUGUUCUAAAAAUAGUAUGGUAGUAGUUGUUCAAACAAAAUGUAGAGAAUGAUUUGGCAUGUUGAAUUCACAGAAAACAGUUUACCAUUUUUGUGCCAACUGUUAAGUUAAUCUUUAAUAACUGAAGGUAGAACCUGAUGUCCUCACUCCUAUUAUAAACCUUUUCGAACUCUCUCAUCUUUACCUCAUUUCUUCAAAGCAUCUAAAAGUUGUUGAAAACGUUUUUGGAGCUUUUAUCUUACAGAGAUGGUUGAACGUGGAAUAGCUAAGGAGAUACGUUUGACAGAGGUGUGGAGGACAACAUGGGAGACACCUUACAUCAUGAGGCUAGCUCUCUCUGCCGGUAUAGGAGGUCUCCUCUUCGGCUACGACACUGGGGUUAUCGCGGGAGCUCUCCUUUACAUCAGAGAGGAGUUUCAAGUAGUUGACGACAAGAGAUGGCUCCAGGAAAUGAUUGUGAGCAUGACCGUGGCUGGAGCUAUUGUCGGAGCCGCUGUAGGAGGAUGGUACAACGACAGGUUUGGUCGGAAGACGUCUAUUCUCAUUGCUGACGUUCUCUUUAUGGUUGGUGCUGUUGUGAUGGCCCUUGCUCCUGCACCGUGGGUCAUCAUCGUAGGUAGAGUCUUGGUGGGUUUUGGAGUUGGUAUGGCUUCUAUGACUUCACCUCUUUACAUCUCAGAGAUGUCUCCAGCGAGAAUCAGAGGCGCGUUGGUUAGUACCAAUGGACUUCUUAUUACGGGAGGACAGUUUCUAUCUUAUCUCAUCAACCUCGCCUUCAUCCAUACACCAGGGACAUGGAGGUGGAUGUUGGGAGUCUCAGCGGUUCCAGCAAUCAUCCAGUUCUGCUUAAUGCUGACACUACCAGAGUCUCCACGUUGGCUUUACAGAAACGACAUGAAGGCUGAGUCAAGAGACGUCCUCGAGAGAAUCUACCCCGCAGAGGAAGUUGAAGCUGAGAUAGCUGCACUCAAAGAGUCAGUCAUGGCAGAGAAGGCUGACGAGGACAUCAUCGGCCACACCUUCUACGCUAAACUCAAAGGCGCUCUCUCUAACCCCGUCGUCCGCCACGGCCUGGCAGCUGGUAUCACCGUCCAGGUGGCACAGCAGUUUGUGGGAAUCAACACGGUCAUGUACUAUAGUCCCACUAUCCUUCAGUUCGCAGGCUACGCCUCAAACAAGACAGCUAUGGCUCUGUCCCUUAUAACCUCUGGUCUUAACGCGUUGGGGUCGAUAGUGAGCAUGAUGUUGGUUGACCGUUACGGCCGGCGCAAGCUUAUGAUCAUUUCCAUGUUUGGUAUCAUAUCUUGUCUUGUCAUUUUGGCGGCCGUAUUCUCUGAAACCUCAAAGCAAGCUCCUAAGAUUGAUACGAGAGACUCCAUAAGUUUUGCGCCAAAUGGUACUUGUCACGCAUUUGCUCCCUACAUAGCCUCAAAGGCUUCUCCAUCUAACUGGAACUGUAUGAACUGUCUUAGAUCACAUUGUGGAUUCUGCUCCAACAAAGCACAAGAGUAUGCACCUGGAGCAUGUAUUGUUCUAUCUACUGACAUGAAGUCAUUGUGUCACUCCAAAGGAAGAACAUACUUCAAAGACGGAUGCCCCAGCAAGUUCGGGUACUUAGCCAUAAUCUUCCUCGGCCUCUACAUCAUCGCCUACGCUCCCGGUAUGGGGACAGUGCCAUGGAUUGUCAACUCUGAGAUAUACCCUCUUCGCUACAGAGGUCUGGCAGGAGGAAUAGCUGCAGUAUCAAACUGGUCGUCGAAUCUCGUCGUGAGUGAGACAUUCCUGACGUUGACUCACGAGGUUGGUUCAUCAGGAAUGUUCCUUCUCUUUGCAGUGUCCUCAGCAACAGGGUUGGUCUUUAUAUGGAUGCUUGUGCCUGAGACCAAAGGGCUUCAGUUUGAGGAAGUGGAGAAGUUGUUGGAAGACGGGAUUAGGCCUAGCUUGUUCCGACGGAUGUCUAGAGCUAAAGAAGUGGAUACGUCUUAGCUGCUGCUACUUCUUCAUGCUGAAAAGCCAAACAACAAUACUUACGGUUACAGAUGUGCUUAGUUUGUAAAUUCAUUAUUAUUUUUAACUCAGCUCAUUACAGCUGAGAAACUCAACUAUGUAUACGUAAAGAUAGACCAGCAUACAGUUGGAAGAUACAGUCAUAUAUCAUACCAUCAAUCUCUUUCAUAACCUUUAUCAUACUGGCACUUAUAAGAUCAACAUAUCUUCUACCUAGAGUAAUCAGAAACUAACAAAACAACAAGUGAGGUUGAAAUAGAGAUGCUUUGGAGUGAUGAAAAAGUUUAAAAGUGGUAACCUUUGGUCAAUUGUCUAAGGAAACUAGUUGUAAUGGUAUUGAUAUAGAAUAAAAA